AUGCUCUCCCUUCCCAUGCUCACCACUCUCAUCACCCUUCUCCUCUCUCCUCCUGCUCUAGCCUUACCCUCUGCCCUCCACACCCGCGCCGAUGAGGCUUGCGCACCAACCUCUUACACAAUCUCAGCCUACAGCCUGACCACCUCGCCCACAUCAGGCCAGGUUUCCUUCACCCUCCAAUCUAGCUUCUCCAGCAGCACAGAUGUCAUCGACAGCGUCCAGGAUGGCGCUCAGUGCCUCGCAAAUGGGCCUGUGAUACCCAACAGCAAUGAGUGUGAAGUGGACGGUCGGAGGUUGCUGUUUGAUCUGAGGGGCCCACAAGACGAAGCAUACUAUCAAAUCACUCAUACUUGGACUUGCGAAGGAUCUACUUGGAUGUCCGGUACGCCCGUCAAAAUGGGCCCGUUGACUUGUGUCGUUGACGGGAUGACACGAAUAUGCCGUACCGAUACUCAGACGGUUGUCCCAGAGAAUGUGAGGAAAAUUUGUGCUACACCCACAUGUUAA